AUGGACUCCGACUCCAUCGACGCAGAGAUUAUACCAGUGACGAGUACCUUUUCACCACAAACCCUCGGUGUAGCCUCCUUCAUUCUAGCGGUCGUUGUUCUCGCAUUUGUUUUCCUGUUCACUCGACGCCGAUCCCGAGCGGCAGGACAACAUUUACUUCUCGUUGGCCCUCCAGAUGCAGGGAAAACUGCCAUUCUUUCGACGCUGGUCUACAACCAACCGCUGCCAACGCAUACAUCCCUCCAGACGAACUCUUCUGUAAUCGCUUUACCCAAGAAAGCUCUGACAGUUGUGGACAUUCCAGGCCACCCUCGCAUCCGAAACCAAGUCAAUGAGUUCAUCACCGACGCCAAAGCGAUUGCCUUCGUGGUAGAUGCGAGCACAGUUUCACGGAACGGUCCUGUCGUAGCAGAGCAUCUCCAUAUUGUGCUCAAUGCGAUUAGGUCUCUGCCCCCGUCGCAGGUCUUGCCCUCGUUGGUGAUUCUUGCGCAUAAGUCGGACCUUGUCAAAUCCAGCGCCUCGUCAGCGACACAGGCCAUCAGCAGGGUCAGAACCAUCCUCGAAAGAGAACUAGAGAAACGGAGACUAGCGCAGUCGGGGGGUGUUGGAGUAGAGGGCCUUGGGGAGGAGGGUGAGCGGACGGAAAUGGGAGGACUCGAAUGCAGCGGCGAGAAAGGCAUUUUCCAGUUCGACACAUGGGAGGGUGGAGAGGUAACCUUCUUGGGAACGUCCACCAAAAUAGUGGACGAGAAAAGUGGGCUCAGAGACUUCGAAGACUGGGUUGAGGAGAACGCAUAG